GGGGCGGGGCGAGCGGAGGCGGGCAGCGGGGGGCGGGGCACGCUGUUCGCGCAGGCUCAGGAGGCCGCGGCCGGCGAGCCGAGCGCUUGACUAUAUAUGGUCAAAGCUGGGGGCGAGCCGCGCCGGGGCCGCGCUUCCGGGUUCGGCGUCGCAGCGGCAGCGCGAGGCGCCGCAGCCCUGCCUCGCACCGCCUCCUCCGCGCCCGGCACGCCCGGCGCCGCCUUCCGGCCUGUCCCCGGCUCAGGCCUCGGCGAGGUCCCAUCGCGGCGCGGCCGGCCCCUAGCUCUCGGCGAGCGCAGCGCGUUAUCAAGUGCGCGAGGAUGCCGUACGAAAUCAAGAAGGUGUUCGCCAGCCUUCCCCAGGUGGAAAGGGGCGUCUCCAAAAUCCUCGGCGGCGACCCCAAGGGCAACAGUUUCCUGUACACCAAUGGCAAGUGCGUUAUCCUGAGGAACAUCGACAACCCGGCGGUUGCUGACAUCUACACGGAGCACGCUCACCAGGUGGUGGUGGCCAAGUACGCACCCAGCGGGUUCUACGUAGCCUCUGGAGAUGUCUCCGGGAAGCUGAGGAUAUGGGACACCACGCAGAAGGAGCACCUUCUCAAGUACGAGUAUCAGCCUUUUGCUGGGAAGAUCAAGGACAUUGCCUGGACUGAAGACAGUAAGAGGAUCGCCGUGGUCGGGGAAGGAAGGGAGAAAUUCGGAGCCGUCUUCCUGUGGGACAGUGGCUCUUCCGUGGGCGAGAUCACAGGACACAAUAAAGUCAUCAACAGCGUGGACAUCAAGCAGACCAGGCCGUACCGGCUGGUGACGGGAAGUGACGAUAACUGCGCUGCAUUCUUCGAGGGGCCUCCCUUCAAGUUCAAGUUUACCAUUGGUGACCACGGCCGCUUUGUCAACUGUGUGCGAUUCUCCCCCGAUGGGAACAGAUUCGCCACAGCUAGUGCUGAUGGCCAGAUAUUCAUCUAUGAUGGGAAGACGGGAGAGAAAAUAUGUGCACUGGGAGGCAGCAAGGCCCAUGAUGGAGGGAUUUAUGCUAUUAGCUGGAGUCCUGAUAGUACCCACUUGCUUUCUGCUUCUGGAGACAAAUCCUCAAAGAUCUGGGACGUCAGCGCCAACUCCGUCAUCAGCACGUUUCCCAUGGGCUCCACUGUUCUGGACCAGCAGCUGGGCUGCUUAUGGCAGAAGGACCACCUCCUGAGCGUCUCCCUGUCAGGCUACAUCAACUACCUGGACAAGAACAACCCCAGCAAGCCCCUGCGGGUCAUCAAGGGUCACAGUAAAUCGAUCCAGUGUCUGACGGUGCACAAAAAUGGCGGCAAGUCUUACAUCUACUCUGGGAGCCAUGACGGCCACAUUAAUUACUGGGAUUCAGAGACUGGCGAGAACGACUCCUUCUCUGGGAAAGGCCACACGAAUCAGGUGUCUAGGAUGACGGUGGAUGAGUCAGGGCAGCUGGUCAGCUGCAGCAUGGAUGACACUGUGCGGUACACCAGCCUUACGCUGCGGGACUACAGCGGGCAAGGAGUCGUGAAACUGGAUGUCCAACCCAAGUGCGUGGCCGUCGGCCCCGGGGGCUAUGCGGUGGUUGUGUGCAUCGGACAGGUCGUCCUGCUGAAGGACCAGAGGAAGUGCUUCAGCCUAGACUGCCCUGGCUACGAGCCCGAAGUGGUAGCAGUGCACCCCGGCGGGGACACGGUGGCCAUAGGGGGCGUGGAUGGCAAUGUCCGCAUCUACUCCAUCCUGGGCACAACUCUCAAGGAUGAAGGCAAGCUCCUGGAGGCCAAGGGCCCUGUGACAGACGUGGCCUACUCCCACGACGGCGCCUUCCUUGCCGUGUGUGACGCCAGCAAGGUGGUCACUGUAUUCAAUGUUGCUGAUGACUAUUCGGAGAACAACGUCUUUUAUGGGCACCAUGCAAAAAUCGUGUGUCUGGCCUGGUCACCAGACAACGAACACUUUGCCUCUGGCGGCAUGGACAUGAUGGUGUAUGUCUGGACCCUGAGUGACCCGGAAACCAGAGUCAAGAUCCAAGAUGCACACCGGCUGCACCAUGUGAGCAGCCUCGCCUGGCUGGACGAGCAUACGCUGGUCACGACCUCCCACGAUGCCUCUGUCAAGGAGUGGACAAUCACCUACUGAGGAUGCCCCACCCGCCCAAGGGACCGAGUCAGGGACUAGACGGAACUGCCGCAGAACACACUUCUCUAACCGUUUCUGUAACGCGCCCCUCCCUGCCCCAGGAGGGAGAGGGCCUAGUACCCUCGUUUCUCUGCAGGGUGCUCAUGUCUGUAUGUGUCCUUCUGAAAGCUUUAGACAGUAACAGUUUGCACAUGAAAAAUAAAGCAAGCACUUAAACAA